AUGCGCUGGCUCAUUUGUACCGUACUCUCCAUCUUGUUCAUGCUUUUCGCAACUGCUGAAACGGUCGCAUCCGGGCCCAACUUCGAAAUUGUGACGAAGGAUUCAAGGUUCGUUACCAGUUUUCCUGUCCGUGAGCUGUCAACUGCGCACAAUGGCAAAGCGAAAAGAAGUCUGCGGGGCAACAGCAACCACGUAACUAACGAAGAACUCAAGAGCAAAGACGAAGAGCGAGGGAUUCGUGACUACCUGUUGAAUAAAAUCGUCAACCGCCUGUUCAAGUUAGCUUACAUUGGUGGAAUGACUCCGUUGACUCUCCGUGCCAAGAAUAUGGGACGUAAGAGUUUCAUUUUCAACGACUACAAAAUUUGGUGGGAAACUGUUCAAAAAACAGGAAAAAUGCCAAAAUGGAACUACCAGGAUCCAAAAUGGAACCACGUGUAA